CAUGGCUGCUAAGAAAUCUCAAGCCUAUAAAUUUAAUAGCUAGUUGGUAAUAUCUUACAACAUGCAUAAUUUCCAAAUAGUCAGCUACUGAUUGCUUUAAGGAAAAGUCGUAAUAAGCCUUUAUUGCUUAGCUUAUGUGGUAAAUGACUAACAAGAGAAAAGGAGGAACAUAAAUCGGAAUCGAGAACUGGAAAGGCCAUAAAAAUGCUGAGAACGCUCCGGCGAGUGUUGCCAGUGCUGAAUUCAAUUUGCGUGAUGAUGUUGUUGAUGAUAAUGGAUGCGAAUACGAAUGCGAAUGUGAAUGUGAAUGCAGCGACGCCAGCAACAUGGAUGUGUACCAAAUAGAGCUGGAGGCGCAGGCACAGGCACAGGAACAGGCACAACUACGCUCCCAACUGCUGAUCGUCGACACUGUGGUCAAGAACUUGGGGCAACCGACACGCCCCCCAGAGGAUAACAAUAUUGCAGAUUUAGAUAUAGACGAAGAAGAGGACGACGACGACGAAGAGGAGCAGCUGGAGCAGCAAAUAAACGGCGAGGAAACCGCUGAAGAAGACGAGGAGGAAGAGGAAGUGGACGACGAGGAAGAAGAGGAGGAGGAAGAGGAGAACGACGACAACAACGAAGCAUUGCCAGAAGUUUGCUUCGAUGCAAAUUCCGAUUUCAAUUUGCAUUUCUUUGACACUCCCGAAGAUUCAUCCACUCAAGGCGCCUACAGCGAAGCUGGCAGCCUAGACUCUGAACUCGACGACGAGCAGGAGCAACACCAGCAGCAGCAGCAACAUCAUCAACAGCAGCAGCAGCAACAACAGCUGACGACAACGGCAACUGCAGUGAAUGCAGCACAGGAGCUGCAGCAUUGUCUGAGUGGCAUCGAGACAGAUCCAUUGCAGUUGCUGCAGUGCGAGGGAUACUACAGCGCAACGCCAGCAACAGCAACAGUUGCUGCGCCACAGCAGCAGCAGCAGCAGUAGUAGGAGUAGCAGCAACAUCGGCAACAGUUGGUGGCACAACAGCAGCAACUGCAGCAGCAGCAGCACUUGAGCUGCACGGCAUUGAGCAAUGGUGGAGGUGCUCUGUACGCCAUCAGCAGUGUGCAUCAGUUUGGUCCCGCCAGCAACAGUUCCAGCUCAGCCGGCGCCCAUUCAUCGCCCGACAGCGGACGCAGCAGCGGCAGCGGUUGCUCCUCCAGCUCGAGCUCUGUCACCACCGUCUCAUCGUCAUCCUCAUCAUCGUCCUCGGCAUCCAGCGCUGAGCAUUUCAAUCGCGCGACGCUUCUCAAUGCCAGCCAACCCCAACAGCUCCAGCUACAACUACAACAACAACAGCAGCAACAGCAACAACAGCAACAUCUCAACGGCCAUACAACAUCCUCGUCAGCGGUCAGCUCCUCCUCCGGUCACGCGACAGCAUCUUCAACUGCUGCGCAUUUGAGCAAAGGACACGCAGAGCAACACUCGCAGCAGCAGCAGCAACAGCAACAACAACAGCAGCAGCAGCAACAUCAGCAACACUCGCAACAGCAAUUGCAACAGCAACAGCAGCACGUGCAACAACAAUUUGGCAUUGUUGACUCGAGCAACGGCAGCAGCAACAACAGCAACAGCACCAGCAACAACAACAGCAGCAGCAACAACGGCAACAUCAGCAGCCACAGCAACAACAACAACAACAGCAACGGCGUCUCUUCGAAAUCUUUCGUGCCCUGCAAAGUCUGUGGCGACAAAGCAUCGGGCUAUCAUUAUGGUGUAACUUCCUGCGAGGGUUGCAAGGGUUUCUUUCGUCGCAGCAUUCAAAAGCAGAUCGAGUAUCGUUGCCUGAGGGACGGCAAGUGUUUGGUCAUCCGCCUGAAUCGCAAUCGCUGUCAGUAUUGCCGCUUCAAGAAAUGUCUUUCAGCUGGCAUGAGCCGCGACUCUGUUCGUUAUGGUCGCGUACCCAAGCGUUCACGUGAGCUGAACGGUGCAGCAGCAGCCGCUGCAUCCGCCGCAUCCAGCAGCACACCCCUCAAUGUGGAUGAUAGCAGUGCCAAUAAUUUGCAUACAAAUCUGAUACAACAACAGCAGCAACAGCAACAACAGCAACAGCAGCAACAACAACAACAGCAACAGCCGCAUGCGAGCAGUGUGCGCGUGAAUACACCAAGUACACCACAAACGCCACAAAUGUGUUCGAUUGCCUCAUCGCCAUCGGAGCUGGGCGGUUGCAAUAGUGCCAACAACAACAACAAUAACAACAGCAAUAACGGUAACAACAACAGCAAUGCAACAGCUGUAGUUGUGGGCAACCAUCAUCAGCAAUUGGUCAACAUGGGCAGCAGCAGUGAUAUGGCAAUGACCCAGGUGGCCAUGUGCCAUCCACACGAUCAUCACGAUGGCCUCGCCACCGGCAACGAACUGACUGUCUACGAUGUGAUCAUGUGCGUCUCGCAGGCGCAUCGCCUCAACUGCUCCUACACCGAGGAGCUCACACGCGAACUGAUGCGACGUCCCGUCUCCGUGCCACAGAAUGGCAUUGUCACCACUGUGGCGGAGAGUCUGGAGUUCCAGAAGAUCUGGCUGUGGCAACAGUUCUCGGCACGCGUGACGCCCGGCGUGCAGCGGAUUGUGGAGUUCGCGAAACGCGUACCUGGCUUCUGUGAUUUCACGCAGGACGACCAACUGAUACUCAUCAAGGUGGGCUUCUUCGAGGUGUGGCUGACGCAUGUGGCGCGUCUGAUCAACGAUACGACGCUGACGCUGGACGAUGGCGCAUAUCUGACCCGCCAGCAGCUCGAGAUUCUCUACGAUACUGACUUUGUGAAUGCCCUGCUGAAUUUUGCCAACACACUGAAUGCGUAUGGACUGAGCGACACUGAGAUCGGUCUCUUCUCGGCCAUGGUGCUGCUUGCCUCGGAUCGGGCGGGUCUCAGCGAGCCCAAGGUGAUUGCCCGUGCCCGUGAACUCGUUGCGGAAGCGUUGCGUGUUCAGAUCUUGCGAUCCCGAGCGGGAUCGACGCAGGCGCUGCAGCUGAUGCCGGCGCUGGAGGCUAAGAUACCGGAGCUGCGGUCGUUGGGGGCCAAGCACUUCUCACAUCUAGACUGGCUGCGAAUGAACUGGACCAAGCUGCGUCUGCCGCCGCUCUUUGCCGAGAUCUUCGACAUACCCAAGGCGGAUGACGAGCUGUAGACACACACACACGGAGAGAGAGACGCGACGUCAGUUCCCCUGCCCCAACGAGAGAGCUGUUCGCUUUACGUGUUUAAGUAAAAUUAGCAUUAACAAAAAGUGUUGGCAGAAAAACAAAGCAAAAAAAAAAAAAGAAA